AUGAAGUUCUACGCUGUCGCUGCGCUCGCCCUCCUCUCAGGAGUCCAGGCUGCCGAGUCUGUCUCUACUACUGUCACUUGCAGUAGUUGCCCCUCUCACUCUUCGACACCCGACAUGGUGACGCGCUCCGCGCUCCCAACUAUAUCCUGCAGUGAGAAACCUCUGACUGUCGUCACCGACGCGUCUUGGUCAUCUGGUGCCGCUGCACCCACCGGCUCUAUGCCUGCGGCAACUCCCUCCACUGCUGUGACUGUCAAUGGCGCGAGCAGCAACAAGAUGGGUGCUAUGGGAGGGGUGGUUAUGAUUGCGGCCGUUGCCGCUGGCAUGCUUUGA